UUCAUUCUACCUCGUGCUUGGUUUAUAAGAAAACCAUUUUGCGGGUAUUACGGAUUCAAAUAGUAAAAAGGACGAUAGUAAUAAUAAUUAAAAUGAAUGGAAUUAUAAGAAAUACAUUGCGUUCAUCGAUAAUUAAAAAUUUAUUUUCAACAAUUUCAAGUAAAGGAAUUACAUGUAAUCAAUUAAGAACACUAUGGAAUGUUUCUCGACAAACUCAAAUUACAUCUAUUGUUCCGAUAAAAUUAUUUAAACAUCAAAAUGUUUUUUGUAAUUACAAUUGUUGCAGGAAUUCUCACUCAAAAGCUGAAAAGGAGCUUGUGGAAUUCUUAGCAGAAGAAAUUAUAGCAGAAAAGAAGGCCCAAAAACUAAAAACUAUUCCCACUGAAUUAGAUGGAUUCAAAGUAUCACUUGAUGGUGCAGAUGUUAAUUUAGAAAAGAAGCAAGAUAAUGAAAUAAUCAGGAUUUCAUUUAAUAUAAAUCAUACAGUUGAUUCUGAAUCUGAACCUAAUAUUGAAAUGACAAAUGAUAAUCCAGAUAUUGGUGAUAUGAAAAGUAAACCAUCUUUCACAAUAGAUAUAAUAAGAGGAAAUCAAACUCUUGGAUUCACUUGUUCUUUUAAUAAUGAACCUGGUGCAUCAGGUGCCAAUGAAAGCUACAAUGAUAUUUUUGGUAUAGAUGAAAUCACUUUAUAUACAGGAGAACAUACUGACAAAGUAUAUGCUGUUGCAGGUGAAAUUAUUGAUGGGUAUCUAUAUGAUUUAUUGAUGAACUAUCUUGAAGAAAAAGGCAUUUCAAAUGAAUUUGCAGAAAAAUUAAUUGAUCUUAGUACAAGUUAUGAACAUACAGCAUAUGUUAGUUUAUUAGAAGGCCUUUCAAAAUUCACAUCUGGAAAGUAAUGUUUGUAACUUCUAUUAUAUUUAUAAUUUACUAGGUAUAGAAUACGUUUAUAUAAAAAUAUGUUUAUAAUAAAUGUAUGUAAUAUUCUAA